GAUGCAGCUGUUCUUCUGUAAACAUGGCGUCCGUAACAACAGCCACCUCGGAGUGGAUCCAGUUCUUCAAAGAUGCUGGGAUACCUGCUGGUCUGGCUGUCAACUAUGCUGUGUCUUUUGUGGACAACAGGGUCCAGAAGAACAUGCUGAUGGACCUCAGUAAGGAGAUCAUGAUGGACCUGGGCAUCACUGUCAUCGGUGACAUUAUUGCCAUCCUCAAACACGCCAAACAGGUCUACCGACAGGACAUGUGCAAAAUGGCCACACAGGCCAUAACCUCAGGACAGUCCAGCGUUCAGACCGAACUCCGAAGAACUGCCAACACCCCCGCCACACGUAUGAUUGCCAACGCCUUAAGCCGCGACUCACCGCCAAGCACACCAGCCCAUCACCCUGACAACCGGGCAAUCUCUGUGACAGUGUCCAACAAACAGGCCAAGAGUGGCAAAGCAGUGCUGAGCCGGCCUGCUGACGAGGGGAACGGUCUGCCGGUGAAGCGUCGGCGCGUGACUGCAGAGAUGGAAGGCAAGUACAUCAUCAACAUGCCCAAAGGCACCACGGCACGCACCGCCCGAAUCCUGGCCCAGCAGGCCAAGAAAGGGAACAAGCGGAUGUCCGUGUUUGAGCGACUGGGAGCCGAGUCCAAGGCAGAUACCACCACGGGUAGCAGCAAGGCCACGGGUGUGUUCAGUCGUCUGGGCCGAGCAGACGAAGCGGAGGAGGAGCAGGGAACAGCAGGAAGGGUUGAUGUAGACGGAGUGGAAGAGGAGGAGGAGGAGGAGGAGGAGGAUGAUAGUGACGGAGAGGGUUCGGUCCUACAGUACGCUGGCGUCCUCAAGCGACUCCCACCCUCCCAGAAGAAAGAGCCUGGGGCCCCCAAGCUGGCCCCCACCACCCUCCGCCGCCUGGGAGGGAAAUUCAAACUCCCCCCCACUGAUUCUCCCUCCUCCUCCUCCUCUUCCUCCCCCGAUGGCCUCCCCCCUGCCAAGCUCAGCGUGCUUCAGAGACUGGGCAAGCCCCCUGCCUCCCCACCGCCUGCCGACACCCAGGACAGCCGGGUGACCAGCACCAGAAAUAAGGCCCGACCAGGCCUGGCCCUGGCUAGCCCCAAGGUCACCAGCAGCACCAGGGCUGGAGGAGGGGAGAGUUUUGGGGCUCAGAUGGACGUAGGGUCAGUCAAUGUCUUUAAGAGACUAGGCAGCAGGAGGACCUAACACAUAUCAGGUCAUGUCUAGACUUAAACAGUACCUUUUUAUUAUUUGGUAUUAUUACCCCUACGUGUUGGAGUCAUGACAAGCAUUGUGUUAUUAUAUCCAACCGUAGAGGUUUGAGACGACCACUGCAACCUGGGUGAAUGAACAUUUUGGAUGUUGCAUCAGGUUUUGAAAGGUAAGUUUAGUUUCUAUAGGCAUAAAUUGACCCAUCCGAGCUAACUACAUUUUUAAGUUGGACACAUACAGACGAAAGAUAGCCACGCUAUGGUGCGGUAUUCACUCUCUGCAUUUUCUCCACGCUGCUGUUCCUCUCCCUCUGCCAAACAAGGAGAUUAAAACUGCUGUACCCAUCUCUAGCUUUUAGUUGUAUUGUUUUAUACUAUUGUUAUGGCAUGGCACCAACACAGUGGCCUCUUGACCUCAUAUGCCUCCAGUUGGGGAUGCCAUCCGUUACCCC